AUGGGAACGCCCGGCAAAAAGUUCAACAAUUUACCACCGUACUCACCCCGGGUGGGGCAAUAUCCCUCCCAGUCCGUGGACUACAGAUCACAGCAGUUUGGUGGCCAGCAGCCGCCCCAACAACAGAAUUUUGGCUUCUACGAGGACACACAAGGCUCCACGAGACCCCAGAAUAAUGUCCCACACUUUUAUCAAAACAAAUCCCCCCAGGAGGCACCCCAGAGGCAUAGGCCAUACGGACAGGGUCGUGGAUUCGGACGCGGCGGAAACUUCAACCGGAGAAACUUCCAAAAUAGGGAGCAGAAUCAUAGAAACCACAGAGGCAUGGGUGGAAACCAAAGCGGUAGUUCCUUCCCUCAGUACUUUCACCCCUCGAUGCUAGAGGAUCCUUGGCAAGAGCUGAUGGAGCGACACCAGGCCAUUCACGGACCCAGCCAAUCCUCUACAGAUGAAGUAGAGGCCCAUUAGGUUCAUUGUACAUUUAAGUUCCAAUAAAUACACCUUGCAGUUAGGAAAUUAAACCUUA